AUGGAAGUAAAUGCGCGCGGCGUGAAGUACGCCGAGCGUCUGCUGGGAGAAAUAAAAAAUCAGAUUAUCGAUGGUACCUUCGAAUAUGCAAAAUACUUCCCCAACUCCCAAAAGCUGGAGUUGUUCGGGGGAGUGAAAAAAAACAAAAAUAUAAAAUCUUACCUGGAUGAAUACCUGAUUAUCUGCCAGAACCGUAACCUGUCACCAUCGACAAUUAGAGGUUAUGAAAAAUGCCUGUCGGCGCUGUCAGCAUUGCAUAAAUUUCAUGUAUCAGAACUGACACCUGCAGUACUAAAAAACUGGAUCGCCAGCAGAAAAACAAAACUGAAAACUAUCCGCAAUAAUCUUUCAUUCCUGCGCAGCGCCAUAGAUGAAGCGGUGACCGAUGGUUUGUUAACAAUAAAUCCUGUCACGCUGGUCAGCGCCAGCCGGUAUCACGUAUUGGACAACACACCAGGCAGUGAUGAUUACGAGGUCGAUCCUUUUACACCAGCGGAGACGGCAGCAAUCUAUGACGCCUGUCAUUACCCGGAAUGGCGAAAUCUGUUUCGCUUUGCCUUUAAUACCGGACUGCGCAGCUCAGAAUUGUGCGCGUUACGCUGGACAGAUAUAGACUUCAUCGGCAACACUGCACAUGUCCAGACUGCAAGCGUAGUCGGGGUAAUCAAAAGCACCAAAACAAAAGCCGGCACUCGCAAAGUACAACUGAACAACGAAGCACUGGCAGCUCUUCAGGCACAAAAGCCCUACACGGCGCUAAAAAGCGACUUCAUAUUCAGCGAUCCGAAAACUCGCGCUCCUUGGGCAAACGCAGAUGCGAUCCGCAAAAAAGCCUGGGUACCGACCCUUAAAAAGGCUGGAGUACGCUAUCGCAAUCCGUACCAGACACGCCACACGUUCGCCACUCGGCACAUUAGCCAGGGUGUUAACCUGUUCUGGCUUGCUGGUCAGAUGGGGCAUAAAGGACCGGAAAUGCUGUUCAGACAUUACGGCUCUUACCUUGCAGAAUACGAUGGAAAAACGGCGAUUUCUGCAACCCCGUAA